AGUCAAACGAUGAGUGCCAGUACUCUUGUGACUGUGGCUUCGGCCGCUUCUGGUAUUGCUAUUGUUGUCUGUGUUUUCACAGUUGGAAUGAUCUUCAAUGACAUCAACUCAUUCUACGAUGAGAAGAUCGGAGAGCUCAAGGAGUUCAAGGGAUACGAGCAAAUCGCUUGGCAGGCAAUGAUCCCAACCACUCGCCCAUCAUCCGGAUCAUCAUUCCUUCUCGGACGUAACAAGAGACAAGCUCAAUGCAACUGUGGCGCUCAAUCCCGUGGAUGCCCAGCUGGACCACCAGGACCACCAGGACAGCCAGGAGCUCCAGGAGAGCAAGGACACCCAGGACUUGCUGGACAGCCAGGAUCUGGAGCAAGAAUCAACCCAGCUACCGGAAGACCAGGAUUCUGCAUCACUUGCCCAGCAGGAGCACCAGGACCAGCUGGACCACCAGGAGCCCCAGGACCAAAGGGUAACAACGGGCAACCAGGAGCCCCAGCUCAAUCCGGAGGACGUGGACCACCAGGACCACGCGGGCCAGCCGGAGAUGCCGGAUCACCAGGACAGCCAGGACACCCAGGAUCGCCAGGAAACCCAGGACGUGGAGGACAACGAAGCCGUGGACUUCCAGGACCAUCAGGAAGACCAGGACCACCAGGACCAGCUGGAGGACCAGGACAGCCAGGACACUCCGGAGGAGCAGGAUCUCCAGGUCCACAAGGACCACCAGGACCAUCCGGACAACCAGGACAUUCUGGAAACGACGGAGUUCCAGGAGCACCAGGAAACCCAGGAUCCCCAGGAGGAGAUGCCGCCUACUGCCCAUGUCCAGCUCGUUCAGCUGCUAUUGCUGCUCGUUCCAGAGUUGCCGCCCGUUCCCGUGUCGCUGCUCGUUCCCGUGUUGUUGCUCGUUCUCGCGUCGUGGCUCGCAAUCGUGUUGCCGCCAAGAGACGUGCCGCUGUCAGAAGACACCGCGUCCAGAAGGCUGUUGCCUAAGUGGCAAAAUGCCGCCAUUCUCUUUAAUAAAUUCAUUUCAUUUC